CACACACGCACACACGCUCGCGUUCACUCUCAACUUUAAACUUUUCCAGCGUUCCUGCUGUUCGGAUCAACAACACUGAGACUACAGCGCAGCGCUUGCGGAUUCUACACUUGAAGUGACUGGAUUUCUCGACAUGGAUCUGUGGAGAUUUAAUCUGAGUCGAGCAGGUUUGUGAAGUUUUAAUUCAUUUAGGAACAUGGAAGUGAGUGUUCAGAAACGGCUCUCUCCUGACGGUGUGUUCGAUCGCUCCCGCAAAGCUCUUGUUUUAUCUGGAUAAUAUUUUUCCCGUCGCAUUUUUUUUUUAUAUGUUGGACCUCAUGGGAAACAUUUGCAGGCGUUCACAGUGGGAUUGUUCUGCGUGUUUUCUACGGCUUGAUCAGAGUGGAAUAACUGAGACAUUGUUGCAUUGAUGGAUACGGUGAUUCUGCUACAACCUGUUACAUUCUGGAAUGUUUGGAAUCCUUUGAAGUGGACGCGGCGCACCGCACAAUAAUGGAGUCAUUAUGACGUCACGUUAUCAAUCACGACGCGCGGGAAGACACGGUGAAAUCUGUAAUAUUAUUGAUCCGACCUUUAGGAGAUCAUAUUAAACUUUUUUUGUCGUUUAAAUCAAUGCUCGCGCCAGGAGUCGGUCCGCUGUCAAUCACUCUGUCAUUCUGUCAGUCAUGCUCUGUCAGUGAUACAGGCCAGUCACCAAAUAAAGUUCCAUUCAGUUGUUAAUAAUAUUCUUUUAUUUCAAAUUUCAACUGCUGAGCUCAAAAACUAUCCACUCUAAAAUCCACUGGGUUUUUGGACAGCUUCAGUGACCUCUAAGGAUUCUCCUGUCUUUUAUCCGAGUUCUAAUUGGACGGAUAGCUUUGUGAACAGUGCAUAAUGUAUGGCCGGAGCCCGCCGCUGCAGCCAGGACAAUGAGGGUUCCUGUGCGGCGAUUGGCCGGGCUCUGGCCGUGGCUGCUCAUGGCUGCCUUGCAGGUGGUGUUGGGCCACACGGGCCUGGAACUAGCCGCCGCUGUGGAGUCCGAACGCUCCGCACCCCGAGCCAUGAUCAAGGUGUCACUGCUGAAACAGGAGCCCACCAGCAGGCCCAUCACCCUAGAAGGGGUGUUCGCCGGUGGCAGCGCAGGCUAUGCUGAGGGGAAACUGAUGCAGUCUCACCCGCUGUCUCUGUGUAACACCAGUGAGGAUGACCGUCAGGAGAGCAUCUUCAUCAGCAUCGUCAAACUUGAGAGUCCAGAGAGCAAAGUGCCGCAGUGCCAGCCGCUGCUGGAUAAAGCUCGUCUGGCUCUUCAGAGAGGUGCUCAGGCUGUCAUCUUUGACAUCACAGAUGAUCCCGGUGCUGCUCAGGAGCUGCGCGAUUCAGGUUCAUUGCCUCGUCCAGUGGUGUUGGUGAAGUCAUCCGAUGCAGAAGAACUGAUGGGACUCGUCAAUAAAAACGAAGAAGCCAUGGUGUUCAUAGACAUCAUGUUGGAAACUCAAAAAUGGCCUCACUAUGACGUUGGCAUCCUGUUGACUGUGGCUCUGGUUGUGUUGGCCAUCAUCAUGAUCUUUGCUCUUCGCUUCCGCUGCAGGUCCAACAGAACCUGGGACUCUGUGCACCAGCAGACUAUGCGUGCCAUCAGCAGGUUGGAAACGCGCACAUACAGCUCUCAGGGUUGCUCUGGCUCCCAGCGUUCUCGCGGGGCUCCAGGGUCAAACUGCAGCUCCAAUUCCAGCCCAAUCUGUGCCAUUUGUCUUGAGGAAUUCAUGGAUGGCCAGGAAUUGAGAAUCAUCUCCUGUGCUCAUGAGUUCCAUAAGGAGUGUGUCGACCCCUGGCUCCUACAACACCGCACCUGCCCACUAUGCAUGCACAACAUCAUGGGUAAACAGCCUCAGGGUUCAGAUUUGGCAUCCCGUCAGCCCCAAAGGAGUCGAAUGGCCCCCCCUCCACCAGAGCACAGUCAAGCCUUCCUCCUUCCCCAUCACUAUUCGAACCAACACCCUUAUCCCCAGCACCACGUUCCCUUUUCCCUGCGGCAUCAUUACCCCCGUAACCCCUCUGGACCUUUACCCCAAUUGGGCCACUAUAGCAACUCUCCCCCUCUUCAUCCACGGACUCUCCGUUGUUUUCCCAGUAGGCCGUUGGGUGCUAGCUGCGCGUACCACUUGGCUCCGGAUGCCCAUCACGGACGUCCGCACAGGACAGGCGGGCACGGGUGUCGGACCGGGGGGCAUCACUAUGCGGCCCCCAGAAGGUCGUGCCAUCGGUGCCCCGGAGGACCUUUGCGGAACGCUUCGGGUUCUCGGAUGCAUCAUGUGGUGUCGUCCGCAAACCAUCCAACUCAUCAUCACCUGCCACGUGGAGGAGGCUCGCACAGUCGGCAAGACGACGGCAGCUGCUCGGGAGGGAGCUACCAUACGGAGCGGAGCGGUUACCUUGCAGACGGACCGGCUAGCGAUUCCAGCUCGGGAUCGUGCCACGGCUCGUCCAGUGACUCUGUAUUGAACUGUACGGAUGUCAGCCUGCAGGGUGUCUAUGGCAGCUGGUCCACUUUUCGUAGUUCUCUCAGCAGUGAUUAUGACCCGUUUGUCUACUGCGGACCAGGCAAAGCUCCACGCAGAGGGAGCAUGGAGGCCACGCAAAGGCCUCGUUCCCUGGACUCGGUAGUGAACCGAACUGCGGGUGGAAGCGGCGGUGAUGCCGGUGCCAUUUGCCCGGAAGAACAGCAGCAGCAGGUGGCUGUGUUCAGUCAUGUUCACUAUCAUAGGCAUAGACACCACUAUUACGAGGACGGGGAACUCAGUCAAGGGCCCGGCCGAGGCUCUGAUGAGGAUCAAGGGGCCACGUCCUCAGCCGCUGCAGCGGCUGGCCCUUGUCAUGUAACUAAAGACACAGACUCCACCGGGUGUCAGGUACAGCACCAGUCUUGCCACUGCCCAAAAACAGACCUCAGUUCAAGGAGGGUUGAGGAUAGAGACCCAGACCCCGUUUCCUCCUCAGGUGCCUCCGUGAUCCUUCCCUCCCCUCCUUUAACCUCUCCGUCCCCACCCUGUUGCCACAAAGGCCCAGGGUGGACGACCAGUCGGAAAGCAGCCGGCUGUCCAUUGGAAGCGCCUUCGCCAGUUGUGCACUUCCAUCAAAACUUGGACCUUCAGGAUGAUUGUAGCAUUCAUAUCCACUACGGACAGGGAGCAGGAAGCUACUGCUGCACACCUCCGCCAGACAUGGCCCCCACACUGCUACCGGUGCCCCUCAUCUUGGACUCGACGGGUAUGACCGAUUGGCCGUGCUGUAGCGGGGCACAUGUGGUAUGGCAGAAGCAGGUGCAGCAGGCUCAUUCGGAGCCUCAGCUCCUGGGACCCACUUCUGGAAUGGACAGACCCCUGUGUAGGGCCCACCAUGGCCCAGGGGAUGAACUUCCUGUGGACAUCUGUCUGUACUGCCAAAGUCUACACAAUAGUCAGGGGUCAGAGGAAGAGUCUGGUGUUUGAGAAAACUCUUCAUCCAAAACUCCUUGCGCUGCUACACAAGAGCCGAAAUGGACAAAACUCUUUGGCGAUCUCUCGCUGUCUCUUUUCACUCACAUGUUGAGUCUUCCGGAUAAUUCCAAACAUCAUCUGCAACAUCAAACCGCAUUUCCCAGAAUCUCCAGACCUCAGAAUUUUGCUCUUACAAAGAAUUGAUGAUUAGAUGGGUUUCCAAAGUACUCUCCAGUACUACUACUUUACCCAGUAUGGUCCAAAUGUGACUUUAAAUAGGCAAACAAGUUUUAAUUCAGGCAGUUAACAAAGAAUCUGGAAGAUGCACAUGAGAUCUCUGUUUCUUCCUUUCAUUUGGUUUAAAACAGGAUUCAGUUAGGAUCUUCUUUUAAAAACAAGUCAGCAAAUUCCUUGGUGAAGCCCUUAAAGAUAUAAACACGUCUUUCCAUAUUGCAUUGAGAUUUAGACUUGUGUACUUUAUGUAAGUACGUAGACGCUUCUAUCUACACAAGCUUGACUGUUGUGUUCUGAACUAUGUCAGAACCAAUACAUAACGCAACGAUAGCACAAUCUGUCUUGUUCUAGAGUCUUUUUUCUCUUUCAGGUUAACUACUCUCAUGGCAGAAUCAUGUUUACAACAGCUGCCUGAUUAAUAACGUAUAAUAUGAAGGUAUCAUUAUACCUUGAAGACUGAAAAUGCUAAGCGUGUACAACGAAACUGAGAGCUUGCAUCAGCUGCGCAUUUACUUCUGUGUUUGCGUACUUGCAUAAAGUAUGUUUCAUUAGUUCACGGUGCCUACUGGCUAAUUUUUAACUAUCUAGUCAAUGCGACGCUACCCGCCUCUUCCAUUUUAUUUCUAGCUCUUUAACUGUGUUGGGCUACGUUCAAGCAUCUGGCCUGGUUUUCCAGCACUACCUCAGAUAACCAAUCAGAAAAGUCCUGUUAGCGAGACGGUGCUUCAAAGGUACUUGUACGUUGGCCUCUCGUUACCUCUGACAGAUAUUAACUCGGAGGAGCGAUAGGAGGCUUUACUUUAUAUCAUCUGUCCUUGGAAAGGAGCUUUUCAUUGAGGUUUCAGGUCUCGGUUUUGUUAAUUCAAAAAUGGCAGCUGUUAUUUACAAAUGUUUGUGUCUUCAUUUUUUAAUUUUGCUUGUCAAAACUGAAUGAAUUGACUGAAUAUGUUUGGGGAAAGUUGUGAAGAUUUUUUUGUUUUGUUUUGUUUCGUUGUUUUGGUCUUGUUAAGCCUGAGGGCUGAGAAGGACUACAUUUCCCAGAAUGCUUUGCUUUCACCUCUGUGACAUUCAUAUUCCCUUAAAGGGACACAACAUUUCGUAGAAACCAACCAGCAUACAAGCUUACCAAAAGUGCCUCUGUAACCCAUGAAAUGAACUCUUCAUGAAGUUUAUACAUACGUUUAUGUAGCCUGCUGUCGUGUUCGUGGCAGUACCAGCCAACACACAAAACUUGAGUUGACUCGAUGCGUAUUGCCUGCAAGCAUAGUCAUCUUUACUCUGUUACCCAGAAAUCUCUGUUGUCACAUAUUGUAAAAUUCAACCUUUAAAGGAAUGCUCUGGGUUCAAAACAGCUAAAACAUGUGACAUGCUGGAAAUAAACCCUAUCCUUUUGAUUUGGAACAAUUUCAGAUGCUGUUUUGAACCUGAAAUGUUCCUUUAAAUACAGAAAAGGAAACACUGGAAAUCUUGCCAUGA